AUGAUGAAACUUUGCUCCUAUUUAAGUCAAACUCAUCGUUUUCAAUCUACAUCAUCUGCAAUUUCUCGUAGUCAUUUAACAAAUGAUGAAAUUCGUGCUUAUCUUCUUCGAAUAUUUGCUAAUGAAUAUAUCAAUCGUCCAUUAGAACAUGAUUGUAAAUUAAAUUUCUUCAUUCUAUGGAAGAAAAUUAUCAAGAACAAAAACGUGCUUAUUGGAGAACAUGUUCAUUUAUUAUUGUAUUAUAUACUUGAAACAGCUUUUAAAUCAAAUUAUAAUGUUGAACUUUGUUCAUUUCCACCACCACCACAAUUUCAAUAUGGAUCAUUUUCUUAUGACAUCAAACUUAAUCUUGGAGAUUGGCAACCAAGUCGUGAUGAUUUUCGUUAUGUAUCAAUUCAAGCUUAUAAAUUAUGUGAUCAUGAUCUUCGUUUUAGAUAUUUAGAUAUAACACAAAGUGUAGCUGAAGAAAUGUUUGCAUAUGAUUGA